GUUGUCUGGCUUGAUUGAUGAUUGGUGUGACAACGCUACCGUAAUGAUCAAACAGUUUUUAUUCAUUUUCUGAUUGACCAAACGUUUUCUGCUUUUGCAAAUUCAAUUACAAAUUAAAUAUGAAAUUAUGAUGAGUAACUUUGUGUAUUAUUUGUUUGUGUUCAUUUGCUGUACGAUUACAAAAACAUACGCAGAAACUGUAAGGUAUUACUAUGAUUAUGAAUGUAAUGAGCCACUGGUAGCUAGUUCUAAGUUAACCGCAACUUCAAGUUUGAGAGAUAGAGGUCCAGAAAAUGCUAAGUUAUAUGGUCCACAGAGUGUAUAACAAUAUAUUUUGGACCAUACACCCAAUAGAAUUUGGAAAAUACUGUGUUUAUUCAACAAAAUCUUUGAGCAGAAACAAAAUGGAGAAUCAUUUUAAUACAAGAUGGGCCUUCAAUACCAGUUCUUGGAUACCCAAUGAACAUGACAUUUUAAAAGCAUCAAGCCUCAUACAGCCUGAAGAAAAAGAAAGAAUCUCACGGUUUGUUUUUAUAAAUGAUGCUAAAUCCUCAUUGGUUGGAAGACUAAUGAUGCGACAAUUUGUGUGUAUGACUACUGGGAUGCCCUAUAAUGAGAUAAGAUUUGGUAGGGAUAGUCAUGGAAAACCAUACCUUUUAGGCAUGGGUGAUAAUCAUAUAAGUUUCAAUGUUUCUCAUCAAGGUGACUAUGUUGUGUUAGCUGGUAACACAAAGCUGAAUAUUGGUGUUGAUGUUAUGAAAAUUGAGCCUCCUGCUAAUAAGAAUAUUGCAGAUUUUUUUCGGUUGAUGACCAGACAGUUUUCUAGAGAAGAAUGGAAGAUUAUCCAUAGUUUCCCUACAGAGCUGGAACAAGUCUCGUGUUUCUAUAGAAAUUGGUGUUUGAAAGAGAGUUAUGUUAAAAACACUGGUUUUGGUAUAACAGUGCCAUUGCAAGAUAUAAGUUUUGUUAUGAAAACUUUGAAAUUGGAAGUUGGCAAAUUUGUAACAGACACUGUUUUAUAUGAAAGGGGAAAUUUAAAACAGGAUUGGUUAUUUGAAGAAACUCUGCUAGAUGAUAAACACUCUGUGGCUGUUUCUAUGCAAACAAACAAUACAGUGGACUUCUCUUUUGAACCAUUUAAAAUUGUAACAUUUGAAGAAUUAAUUAAAGAAGCCUCUCCAUUAUAUGAUACUGAUGGAAAGUUUAGUAAGGAUUUUAUUAAAAAGCAAAUUAAACCUUUCUAAUGUAUAUUAUAGUAUAUGUCAUCUUAACAUAUUAAGCAAUGGUAUAUUUUUAACCUACAAAAAUAAUGCUAAAACACAAAAUGUUUUAUUUAAAAUAGUUAUUUCGUAGGCAUGUUUUCAAAUAAAUAUUAGAUAU